UUUCAUUUUUAUCUUGAAAGUGUCUGGUUUAAUUCCAAUGUUUCGAAAUGUUUUUCUUCGCGUUUUUAACUUUAUUUUCCACCUUGGUCCUGCUAAAUUAUGUGACCAUGUUCCGCAUACGUUGCGGUGCACUCCACAAUAUACCUGGACCGUACUGUUAUCCCUUUGUAGGAGCAGUGCAAGUAUUUCUCCAGCUGAGACCGGAUAAUUUGCUAGAGUAUGUCUCGAAGAUGCAUGAGCGUUACGGCAGCAUGGUAACCGCUUGGGUGGCCAAUCGUAUAUCGGUUUCCAGUAUCGAUUUGGAACUGAAUGAGCAAAUCUUGGUCUCACAACAACACAUCGUCAAGCAUCUGAACUACAAAAUGCUGCGUCAAUGGCUGGGCACCGGGUUGCUGUUGAGCGAUGGCCGUAAAUGGUUUGCACGCCGAAAGAUUAUCACACCCGCCUUUCAUUUCAAGAUAUUAGAACAAUUUGUCGAGGUUUUCGAACAGCAAUCGACGAUUUUGUUACGCUGUUUGGCGAAGAAAGCCGAUGGUUGCACUGCCUUUGAUGUCUAUCCGUUUGUCUGCUUGGCCGCUUUGGACAUUAUAGCGGAAACAGCGAUGGGUACUAAAGUGGGAGCGCAAACUAAUGAGAGAACUGAGUAUGCGUUGGCUGUGAAUAAAACCACAAAACUGUUUGCUUAUCGUUUCACCAAAGUCCAUCUGGACAAUGAAAAUUUAUUCAGCAUCUUCUGUCCGCACCUCAAGUGGCAACAAAUGCGGCUAAUUAAGACGUUGCAUGAGUUCACCACCAAUGUUAUAAAACAACGACGUGAGGCACUUGAAAAUAAUCGAAAUGUACAAAAGGUGGAUGAAGAUUCGUCGGGAGAUUCUCAGAUCGUGGGCAGCAAGAAACGUAUGGCUCUACUUGAUAUGCUGUUGCAGUCGACGAUCGGUGAUCAACCGUUGUCCGAUGAAGAUAUACGCGAGGAAGUCGAUACUUUUAUGUUCGAAGGACACGACACCACAACUUCGGCCAUCAGUUUCACAUUGCAUUUGCUCUCACGCCAUCUAGAGGUACAACAGAAGGUGCUACAGGAAGUUGCCGUUGUGUUAGGUGAUGAUCGUGAGCAACCGAUCAGCUUGCGUGAACUCAAUGAGCUGAAAUAUACGGAAUGUGUUAUUAAGGAGACACUCCGUCUCUAUCCAUCCGUGCCGAUUGUGGGCCGACAAUUGACGAAGGACUUCAAAUACACGCAUUCACAAAUUGGUGAUGGUGUCAUACCCGCGGGCACUGAAGUGCUUAUCGUGCUUUUUGGCAUGUUGCGACAGGCGCGUUAUUUUGAGCGCCCCGAUGACUUUGUGCCCGAACGUCAUUUGAAUAAUGAGUGCGCUAGUGCAUUCCUCUUCAUACCUUUCAGUGCUGGCCCUCGUAAUUGCAUCGGUCAGAAAUUCGCCAUGCUGGAGAUGAAGAUGAUCAUUGCCAAGAUCGUGCGCGAAUAUGAGCUGUUGCCUUUCGGUGAGCCUGUGCAACCUGAAAUAAAUAUUGUUAUGCGCUCAGCGACUGGAUUUCAGCUGGGUAUGAGGAAGAGAGACUGAAGGUUGGGUAGCGAUCUAUAUGGUGUUUGGUUGUUUCAUAUUUAGAAUAUUGCUUAUUUUGUAUGGGAGUGAUUAAAUAUAGUGUGGGUAGAAAUGUGUCUAUUUUGUUUCUUUAUUGAUAGUUUUAUAAAAUUUGGGAUCAGCAUAAUAAAGAAAACGUAUAUAAUAUUUAUAUAGUUUAAUAAAGACUGCUGUUUUCAAAAGAGAGGUGGUUGAAGACAAUACUUCGUAAACCUGUAUUGGGA